AAUCAAAUCGGAGAUAACGUGCGUUUAUCGGUUACUACAGUGUCAUACCCCCCACUUUAUUCAUGUUCAAAAAAUUAAAACAGUUCUUAUGAAAAAUUUAAUCCCAGUGUAAUAAUAAGUUUAAUGGCUUUCGAACACUUCGCAUAUAAUGUUAAAAACUUGUACAGCGAAAAACUGCCUGUAUCAGUGAAGACCAGAAAUGGGGAGCGAUCGCAGCAUCUUCAUGUCAAUCUUGACCUGGAAACCAAAAACUGUGGAGAGAAGGUGAUGGUGAUCAAAUUGACAGACGAAAAUGAUCCCUAUUUCCUUUUCACAACUGCCAUGACAUCGAAGGAUUACGAGGUUUGUCGAAUUUCUCAAGGUUUUCUUGUCACUUUUGAGGAAUUCCCUGCGCAGGUCGUCAGAUUUCUAGAUCUUUGCAAAUUGGGAACAUCACCUCAGUCAGCGAAGUACACACUCUGUCUGGAAGAAGCUAGGGAUUCAAAUUCAGAUCUGAACUCCCCCACAAUUUUUGUUUUAAAAGUUAUUGAAAUUAACUUUUUUAAGCAAUCCUGUCAUCUUGCCCUUCAGUUAAAUGCUGCAUCAGAUAAAGAGAUCAUUCAGCAAAUGUCUUCACUGAUAAAACGGCUCAAAGAAAAUGGGAACAAAUAUUGUAGUAUCAUCAAUGAAUUGGAGGAGAAACUUGCAGAGUCAAUCAGGAGUUUCGAAUCAAAAAGUAGAGAGUACGAUGAUCUAAGUAAACGAUGGCAAGACGAAAAAAGAAAUUGGAAAACAUCACAAUGCAGAGAAUUGGAAAAAGAAAAAGAGCAGCUGACGCAGGUUAAGAAAAAUUUAGAAAACAAAUUCCUCAGUGAAAGGAAUGAAAUUGAGGACAAGUUCAAAAGCAAAAUCAAAAAGCUAGAGGAAGAGCUUGCGCGAAGUAGACAUGAGCAUGAAGUGCUCUCUAAAAAGGAAAGUCUCGUUGAAGCUUCAUGUAGACAACGGUGCAAUAAAAUGGAAUUGCUUGAAAAGGAAAAUGCCUCUCUACUCAGUGAUGUGGUCGCCCUGCGGAAACGCAAUAAUCAACUUGAUAAAGAAUGCUAUGAUAAAGAAGCAAAUUUGAACAUGCUAAUCACGAAAUCUGCUGUUCUCGAGCAAGAGGUCAAAGAUAAACGUCUUCUUGUAACAAAACAACAAGAAUUACUCAGGUUAGCAAGCGAUAACAAAAGUCGACUUGAAGAAAUAAUAAAUGACAAAGAGACCAUUCUGAAGAAAAAACAAGAAACACUGAAAAGUAUAACUGACGAGCUAGUCACUGCAAAUCAAGUUAUCAAUAAUUUGAGUUCGGAAAUUUUAUCCUUGAAGGACAAAUUGAAAACCCGAACAAAUGUAGUUCUCGAGCAAGAAAAACUUAUAGAGAGUAACAAGCAUUUUAUCAACAAUCUUGAAAAGGAAAUUUCAAAUCUUAAAGAACAGUUAAAGUCAUCCUCUGAACAAGAAUUGUCAUUAAAGAAACAGGUUGAUGAAUUAGAAGAAAAACUACACCUGACUGAAGAUAAAUUGAAAAGCAACGAAAAUGUUAUCAACUUUUUACACAGGAAAUUGAAUGAUCAACAGACGAAGCCUCUUUCAAGUCUUUCAGAUGUACCCGCAAGACCCAUAUCCAAAUUUGCAGCUCUGAGUAGGCCAAUCUCUGCUGAUCCUUCUAAGUCAUCAAAACAGUCAUUUUUCACUUCCACGCCUUACGGAAUAAAUGGUUUACCCGCUACGACUCAAAGUAUCGAUGGUCCCAGAUCUAGUUAUUUGACAGCCAAAGUUCCCUCUAGAAAAUCAGCACCCACUGCUUUGGGAAAUGACUUAGUCUCAAGGUUUACCCCAGAUGCAAUUUCAACUGAAAAUAGAAAUGGUUUAUUGAAGUGAUAAUGAUCAUAUCUUGAAGAUUUUUAUAUGAAGAUUUUUUUUCUUUUAUGUGGUGGGAGUUAACUCAAAAAAUUCCCUUAAUUUUUAGAUCUAUUUUUAAUUGUUUCUUUUUAGGGUGCAUUUAAAACCUAACGAUCUCUCUAUUCUAAUACUCACAAUAAGAACAAUUUCUACAGCGCCGCCCAUUUUAUCCAUAGGGGAUAUUGAACACAAAAAAAAAGUGUAAAUUUUAUUAUGUUUCGUAAAUUCCGUACGAGUAGUGACAUUGACUGUCAUAGUCCUUUUUUUUAACAGUCUUAAGAUUUUACUCCCUAAAUGAUGUAGAUGAUCUAACGGUGAAAAAAAUAGUUUUAUCCAACUGGUCGUUCAACCUUUUUUUGUUGCAUUGUGCGACUUUUUUGCUAAAUGGUAGGUAAUUGCUGAAAAUCCUUUAGUUAUUUGACUUCAUUUUGCAAUUAGGAACUACAAUUUCUGGCUUAUCCGCUAAAACACUUGUGUGCAUAGAGAAACCAUUGGUACACGCGUCAUUUCUACGCUGAGCCAGAAAUUGUAGAUCCCGAUUGCAAAACAUAGUCCAUUUUAACGGAUCAACCAGAAUCACCAUUAUUUUCUCCCAAUUAAAUUUAUUUUAACAGAGAACUAAUCUACUUAAUGCCUGUAAGCUUUCCGCAAAUUUAUUUUGUGCAGAACACUUUCAUGAAAUUUCAAGCUUCAGUGCUCCUAGGUUUUCUGUGUAAGUACAAAACAAAACAUUAGAGCAAAUUAGGCAACAUCUGAUUAGGCUGAUUUGGGUUGAAUCGGUUCGAAUAGUAACGACGUAAGGUCCUCUAAUUAUUACAAUGUGUUUGAAAAUCUGUGGGCAAAAACUAGAUUCGCUGUAGAACUUGACAACUUAUGUAUGUUUUGUAAUUUAAUGCUCAAGGGCAAAAACUAGAUUUGCUGUAGAACUAGACAACUUGUUAAUGUUUUGUAAUUUAAUGCUCAUGAAAAUCCUGUUAUAAGUGUGUAAAUAUGUUGAAAGUGUAUAUUAUUUAUGUAUAUUUUUCUGAGCGACAAUGAGAAAAAACUUGACAAGGAUAAAUAAGAAAAUUGCACCUCUUUAUUUAAGACAAUUAAUCGUACUUUCUAAGUUCAAAUUUACAAGUUCAUUCAACAGUGAAAUGCAAAAUAAGGUGAAAUGUAGAAAGAUGUGUCUUAAUUUAAAAUUAAUAUAAAAGACCGAACCUGAAAAAUA